UCGGUCCGCCCUCCUCCCUGUGUUGUUAUUGUGUGACAUUGUCUGACUGGGACCUUCGCCCCAGUGCAGGAUCUUCUGGAACCAGCCUCUGUGCGACCAGACAUGUCGUCGCUACUGAAGCCGUUCGCGGUGUGCGAGGGGCCGUGCGAGAGCAGCGGUGGUGUCCGGAGAGGAUGCCCGAGUCCGGCUCCGCAUCAGCAGCCUCCAUUCCAGCGUCUGAGCGCCGCGGCGGGGCUGGGCGGCUCUCUGCCGGCCCACCAGAGCUCGUACGCGGCCAGGAGGAACCUGGCGGCGGCCGCGGUCGGAGGGGGGAAAAUGACGCAUCCCGGGAAAGCUAUUCUUGCAGGUGGCAUCGCAGGAGGGAUCGAGAUCUGCAUCACCUUCCCUACUGAGUAUGUCAAGACCCAGCUGCAGCUAGACGAGAGAGCCAACCCGCCGCGAUACCGAGGCAUUGGCGACUGUGUGAAGUUGACAGUGCAGGAUCACGGACUCCGAGGGUUGUAUAGAGGACUCAGCUCGCUGCUCUAUGGAUCAAUACCCAAAUCUGCUGUGAGGUUUGGCACAUUUGAGAUGCUCAGCAACCCGAUGCGAGAUGCCACAGGUCGGCUGGAUAACACGCGGAGCCUCUUGUGUGGGUUGGGAGCAGGGAUAGCAGAGGCCAUCGUGGUGGUCUGUCCGAUGGAGACACUCAAGGUUAAGAUGAUCCACGACCAGUGUUCCCUCAGACCUCGUUACAGAGGCUUCUUCCAUGGCGUCAGUGAGAUUAUUAGAGAACAGGGUGUGCGGGGGACGUAUCAAGGACUGACAGCGACAGUGCUGAAACAAGGGAGCAAUCAGGCCAUUCGUUUCUAUGUGAUGAAUGCACUACGAAAUUGGUACAAAGGGGAUGAUCCCAGACGAGACAUGCACCCGAUUGUCACAGCGAUGUUUGGCGCAACAGCUGGAGCUGCUAGUGUUUUUGGAAAUACACCUCUGGAUGUGGUGAAGACUAGGAUGCAGGGUUUGGAGGCUCACCGCUACAAAAACACAGUGGACUGUGCCUUCCAGAUCUUGAAGCACGAAGGACCACAAGCAUUCUACAAAGGGACAGUCCCCAGGCUUGGCCGUGUGUGCUUGGACGUGGCCAUAGUGUUUGUCAUCUACGAGGAGGUGGUCAAACUACUCAACAACAUGUGGAAGACCCAGUAGACCGACCGCUCGGUGGCAGAGGUCCAGAGGGAAGCACGGAGCAGUGCAUCAUGCUACGCACAACUGAACACCUCUACUCCAGUUCAUACUAGCUCCCUGCAUUCGCCCAGAGCAGAUGACACUUCAUCUUGAGCAGCUUCCACUCAUAAAUUCUUUUGCAGGACCUAUCUACAAACGGUGAAAACAAAGGGAGAAUGUCUAGUUGCAGGAUAAACAGCUCAGUUUUGCAUUUCUCCUCGUCUCUAGUGGUCAGAUUUGGGAAUAAAGAGGGAUCCCUUUGUUUUGAAGGAAACAGGAAAGGAAAAGAAGGUAAUGAAGUAGGUGAUGUGUUAUUCUCUGCACCUGACCAAAUUGUAGACUCAAUUUCUUGAGUCAGAUUACAAAAAACAUAACUCAGUAUUUAGAGAAGCAGCACAAAAUUACUUGAGUAGAUUUCAAGAGGCAUUAUGUUUUUCUAUUGUUUAAGCUUUCUAUGACUGUUGUUACUGUACAUGUUGUAGAGUGACCACUUUGUACUGAAACCAUAAAUGUGUCUUCUGAUUCACUAAGUACUUACUACUUAAUACUGAGGGAAGAACUGGGAUGCUACUGGACACAAAACGAGCCUGGUGCAGAAAUUUAAAAUGUCUGUGCAGUACUUCAACACGUCUUGGUGUUGUAAUCGCUUACUUGACUGUGAUUGUGACAUCGUUGUACUUAAGUACUCACAGUAUUUUUGUCGCUGUGUCUUAGUGAUGAAGUGUAGAUACUGCUUAUUUUAUGGCUGCGGCUGACAAACAAGAGUAUGGCUGAAUGAAACUUGAUGUUGCAUCUGUCCUGUUACACACUGACAGUGACUCACAGGCUUGCUGACACUACACCAACUGGUCUGGAGUCAGUAACUCUAAGUUUAGACCAGACAUGACUAACUCAACAUUAAAGCAUACUGUUGGGAAGCAAAAAUAAUAUGUAGCAAAAUACUGGUAGAAGUUUAUGAACUCAUUUCCCACUUCCUUGAAAAAAAUACUAAAUUGUCAACAUCGAUUAAGUUACAGAAGUAUUCAGUAGGUGCUUGUGAUCUCUACAAAUGAAUUCAACAGCUUUAUUUGGGAAUAUAUGACCAUUAAUGUUAUAUUCAGAUUCAAGAUUUACGUCACUUGAGUAUCCUUUGUUUUUUAUGUCAAGCUAAAAUAAGUAUUUUGUACGUCAACUGAUGAAAUUGUUCAUUAGUAUCAUUGAAUGCACUCAUUCUUGUCUAACAUAGUGUUUACAUGCAUUGAACCUCAACAGGGGAAAAAGUAGGUGUGUCAGAGGCUUGAUAGCAAAGCAAGUAUUUUAGUGAGGCUUUUCCUUGACCUAGUUGCAUUACACAGCCUCGCAUUGAAGCCUUUUACUGCUCUUUGCCAAACUACUUCUGUAGAAUCUAAAAUAUCUCGCUGCCACUUUGGUUUUACUAACCAAAGCACAUUUUUUUACUGUGUUACCAACUUUGUGCUUCUGCUUUACUGCUUUGUAUAACCAGGUUAACACCGUGUGGACCUCUUUAUACAGUAUAUUCAUAUUGUGUAAUCAUUGACAUUUCAGAGGAGCCUGUCAAGCAUAUUGAAUGAUUUGAGUUGAAAGGAAAUAAACAUGUUGGUAAGACAUCAAUAAAGAAUAUUGUUAAAAAAACAUCAGUGCUCAGUUUGAUUUAGGUCAUCAGAUGUGGAGACCUCUGAAGAAAUAUUU